CACAAAGUUUCUUUAGUGCCUAGCCUAGGAUAUAAUAUCAAAGUGUACAUAUUAGGGCACGGGUGCACGUUGGUACUGCCGCCGCAACUGCACACGGGGGAAUUGCUGUCCGGGGGCGCGGGGGCGGGCGCGGGGGCGGCGGGGGGCGCGGGGGAGGCGCGCGAGCUGGGCAGCGGCGCGGUGGACUGCAUGCGCCCGCACCUGCCGGACAUGCUCGACCUGCUGCAGGACCCGCAUCUGCUUAACAAGAUCAAGGGUUCAGUUUCCAAGUCCAUAGUGAACCGUAACCUGAUCUGUUUGAAUGAGGACACUCUAGGCGCGAUAGUCAAGGGUGGUAUAGCACAGUACGUUGCUAUGGAACUGGCAUUGGAACACAGCCGCGGUAGACAAGACAGGCCCGUUCACAGACAUAUGCCCUGGCUGUCAUCUUCUAUACCAGGAUCUCGUGACAUAUGCGAGGUGGUGGGUCGCGUGCGACUGGUGUCGUGGCUGGUGAUGGGCGCGCUGUGCAACGCGCGCGGGCCCCUGCCGCUGCACCAGCCCGUGCCGCAGGACGCCUCCUGCCACAUCACCGACCAUAUACAGACUAUAAUGGCAUCUUAUGUGGAACAAUCGAAACCCACUGGGCAGCGGAUGAACGCUCUAUUCCAUGCCUUCAUUCUUUGUCAACUGUGGACUCUUUACCUCGAAGAGCUGGCGGGUAGUACUGCACCCAGCAGUGAACCUCAUAACACCACCGUUUGCAUUCUACUAGAAUUCUGGUGCAAGCUAGUGCCGGCUAUGCUGCAAGUCACCAAACAUUCUAAAUUGCUGGCAGAGACAGUGAAUCUCCAUUUCCUAAGUCUCUUGGAAUCGCUAUUGGAAUGCAAUUCUACAGUGUUAAACAAAUUGCUGCCUCUUUGGACACCCAUCUUGUAUUCACCACUAUUUAAUAUGCCCCGACACGUGGCACAGCGUCUGGAUGUAUGUCGGGACGUGAAACCCGAAGCGGUGCGCACGUACGCGACGGCGGGGGGCGCCCCACACGCAGUGGGGGCGGCGGGCGCGGGGCCGGGGGGCGGUGCAGGGGGCGGGGGCGGGUGCGGGGGCGCGGCCAGCGGGGUGACGGGCGGCACUGCGGCGCGCGCGCACCGGCGCCUGCACCGCCUGCUGGCCAAGAUGGCGCAGCUGGAGUUGCAACCUCACACCUUCUACUUUAUAUAAAUUGUUUGGAAAUAAA